UGGCGGCUCGGGGCGGGGGCGGUCCCGGCUCCACCCCGCCAAGGGGCGGUGGCCGCGUCCGUCCCCUCCGCGCGUCGCUUCCCGCCGCUCCCACCGUCGUCGUCGCGUCGUCCUUUCCUCGGCCCCGAGCCGCCGCCGGCAGCCCGCAGGCAAGAUGCUGAGCUUCUUCCGCCGGACGCUGGGGCGCCGCUCCAUGCGCAGGCACGCAGAGCGGGAGCGGCUGCGCGAGGCCCAGAGGGCUGCGACCCACAUCCCGGCGGCGGGCGACGCCAGGUCGGUCAUCACCUGCCGCGUGGCUCUGCUGGACGGCACCGACGUCAGCGUGGACCUCCCGAAAAAAGCCAAAGGCCAGCUCCUGUUUGAGCAGAUCAUGUAUCAUCUGGACCUUAUAGAGAGCGACUAUUUUGGAUUAAGGUUCAUGGAUUCUGCACAAGUGGCGCAUUGGUUGGACAACACAAAAAGCAUCAAAAAGCAAGUUAAAAUUGGCCCGCCGUACUGUCUGCAUUUUCGUGUCAAGUUUUACUCAUCAGAACCCAACAAUCUACGUGAGGAGCUAACAAGGUAUUUAUUUGUUCUGCAGCUGAAACUGGAUAUUCUGAGUGGAAAAUUGGAAUGUCCUUUUGACACAGCCGUCCAGUUGGCAGCUUACAAUAUGCAAGCUGAACUCGGAGACUAUGAUCCUGCUGAGCAUGUCCCCGAGCUGGUGUCUGAGUUCAGGUUUGUGCCUACUCAGACCGAGGAGAUGGAGCUUGCCAUCUUCGAGAAGUGGAAGGAAUGCAGGGGGCAAACACCAGCACAGGCUGAAACUAACUACUUAAACAAAGCUAAGUGGCUGGAAAUGUAUGGUGUAGACAUGCACAUAGUCAAGGCAAGAGAUGGCAAUGAUUACAGCCUGGGACUAACCCCUACGGGAGUUCUUGUCUUUGAAGGAGACACAAAGAUUGGUUUGUUUUUCUGGCCAAAGAUAACAAGACUUGACUUCAAGAAGAACAAACUCACUCUUGUUGUUGUUGAAGAUGAUGAACAGGGAAAGGAGCAGGAGCAUACGUUUGUCUUUAGACUGGAUCACCCCAAAGCUUGCAAGCACUUGUGGAAAUGUGCAGUGGAACAUCACGCUUUCUUCCGGCUCCGAGGUCCUGUCCAAAAAAGCUCAAGUAGAUCAGGCUUCAUUCGGCUGGGAUCCCGGUUCCGCUACAGCGGGAAAACAGAAUACCAAACCACCAAGACCAACAAAGCCAGGAGAUCAGCAUCCUUUGAAAGGAGGCCCAGCAAAAGAUACUCGAGACGGACACUACAAAUGAAAGCACAUGUUGCUAAACUUGAAGAAACAAGUUUUCCAAACAACGCCGUUGUUACCCAAACUAAUGGAUCACAAAGCUGGAAUGUGAAGCCAAACUUACCUGUCCUAACAGCAGCAGUUCCUUCUGCCCCAGUCCUAGUGGAAAUAGAGAACCUCCCAAGGAGCCCAGGAGCCAGCCAGCAAGACAAGAAGUGCAUACCCCUUGUUGAUCUCCUCGACAGCGUGGAUUUGCCAGAAACCUGUGUGGAUGAUGCUGUGGGCCGUCCCGUCGCUGCCCUGGUAACAGGAGAUUCGGGAGAGGCUGUUGGUUGCCCUCAUCCUGGCACUAAGGAAGCUGCCGUUGAAAAAGCAGACUCUGACCCAUUUGAAGAUGCAUUCCUAAAACUGAAGCAGCUGGAGGCAGAGUGCAGCAGCCCUGUGCCCGCGGAGCGUCCCAACAUAAACAUAAACGUGCAGGAUGAAGUGGUGAAGCUCACAGAUAAAUGUCUUAACAAUGCAAUUGAGAGCCCGAUAGCAGCAGCAACAUGGCUUCCAGCAGACAUGAAAAGCAAUAUCCUGAAGGCCCAGGCAGAAGCAGGGCACAAGGUUGUAAGAGAAGACAGCCUGACAGGUAGCAAGAAUUCCAACAUUCAGGAUGCUGCUGCCAGGAGCAUUCUCCCACCAGGGGUAGCCCAGAGUAGUCCCCCAGCAAGCAGCCCGGGAUUUCAGGAAACAAAGGAGUUCCUGAAAGCAACGCCUGCCUCAAACACCUUCAUUCCUAAUGCAUUAAAUGAGGAUAAUGCUGCCUCUAACCACGAAGAGUUGCUGAUUCCAGCUAAUCUGGCUCCAGCUGAGGAGGCUGCUGUUUCCAAGAGCACUCCAGAUGACCAGGACGUUUCCCUAACAUCACUGACAGAGAAUCUAAUUGACUUUACAGAAGCAACACCUCGGGUGUCCCAGCCCACAAUAACACCGAGGUGGUUAGUGCCAAGUGGUCUGAUGUCCAAUGGGCCUUUGGGAAAUGAUGUUGCCUUAUCUCUGAAAGCAGUGAAAGGCAGCACAGAGGCUCUGUUGUCAUCAGCUGGAUUGCCGCCGUGCCAGCAGACAGCUGAGGUCCUCGCAAGCCCAGUCGCUGAGGAUGCUACAGUAAGGACGAAAUGUUUACUCACCACUGAACUCUAGAAGAUGGAGCUUCUGUACUUCGCCCCUAGGAAAAACUCCAACUCAAAUCUCCUGACAUCUACAAGGGAUCCUUCCGAAAGAGCUGCAUGGGAUGAAAUUCUUGCUGAAUGGGAAUGAAACAGCCAGCUGGUUUGCUAGAAUCCAGGAAGAGACUUUCACAUUUAUUGCAAUCUAACUGGAAUUACAGUCUGAGCCGAAAUGUAAAACCACGUGAAAGUUUGAUCUUCUCCCUCAAGAGAAGUGAAGUAUCACACUGGAGCUAAUUCUCAACAUGAGGAACAAAAUCUAGUUGUGUUCCACUCACACAUGGUUUAGUCUUACGUACUCUGUGCUGCCUCUCAAAUGUUACGGGCAAGCGAUCACUGUGAUGUUAGCUCUGUAGGUUUGAACACCACAUCCCUGACCUUUGUAGAGUAAUACUGGGAAGAUUAGGAGAACUUACAGGGCCACCUUGUGGCCACGCUGUGUAUGGUGGCUCACUGUAGCGAUGACUGUUUCAUGUGGCCAAGAUCAUUUUCUUCUGUGUGAUUAGUCACUCUGAGUUUCCUUUGUUUUACUGCCACACGUGCUCCUUUUUGGCCUUAAAACCCUUGAUAAUCUUUGCACCUCUUCUUACAGUACCUGGAAAGAAUGAAAAUCUAGUUCAUCAGUGACAAACUACUUUGACUGGAUUUGAGCUGCUCAUUGCAACUAGGAAAAUUAACCUGCCAAACAUCUUAUAGCAUUAGCAAAUUGCAGCAGAGGUCCCAUAUUUUGACACUGGUUAUUUCAUUUCCUCUGUGACUCAAAUACAGAUGUGUAUUUAGACUAUAGAUGCAUUUUUUUUGUUUUCAAUGUUGAAGCAGUGAAAGUGUGAGUACAGCUUACUUCAGGAAUUGCUUUUUGGUUAGUUCUGUUGUCAUUCAGGGCUGUGAAGGACAAGAUUUUCUUUGUUUCUAUUCACGUUGUUGCUCAGUGUUGGUUUGAGAUCCUGUGCUUUGGAGGUUACUUAACACGCAUGUGAUGGCGUGAGGGUACAACUAGGUCAGUUCUUAACACCACCUUGAAUCCUGUUCCAAUUGUGUUUGGAACAAAAUACAGAGUUGGUUGAAAAUGGGGAAAAGAGAUGAAACAUUCCCAAAAGUAGUUCACCUGCUUCUAGGAGGAAGGCAGGAGCACUUGCGAGAGCAUGCUCCACAGUGCUGGACAGGAUACAACACAUACAGUUUGAAGAGUGUCCAGGGCAACAGGAUCCCUGUGUAGAAGUGAGGACAUGGACCCUGGGAAUAUAUCCUGUGAAAAUACCAGUGCAGAGUCAGAGGAAGGAGAAAUGUGGAAGCCCGGUGAUGAAUUCCACAUCUCCUAACAGAGAAGCACAGGUGAAGCUACUGGGAUCCUUCUCAGGAAGAGGUUUGUACACGUGACUGGGCGUGGAGGAUGUUUUCUAUGUAGUGCUGCUGUUUAUUUAUAUACAUGGGGUUCUUAGGAACAAUUUUAAAUGUGAAAGUGAGUUAGAAACCUGUAUGCACAACCUCCUUUGUGCAUGCCUGCUGUGUGAGCGUGUCUCAGCCUGGACAGAGAUUUGGACCAAACCACUGUGGGUUGUGCAGGUAAGCUGGCACCCUGCUAGGCUGCUGCUUUCAGAUUAGGGUACGUCUUGGGUGUUUUUACUGCUGUUCUUGUGAUUUUUUUAUAAGAUGCUGAGAGUUUUAAGGAAGAAUCCACUUGGCAUUUACAUGUCCCACUGCCACUCCUCCAAAUCUCAGAGGCCUUAAUAGAAAAACAUAGGGACCAUUGGGAGCAAUUAUGACUGACAUACACAAUAGAGAGUGAUUUGCAGCAUUGCCUGUAUUACCUAGAGUCGAAAUCGAUGGCAGGAGCUUCAGGCACACUUCCCCACUCACAGCACUGCCAGCAAAGGGGCUCUUGGGGCCCAAGUGGUGCGCUUCUGCUAGCCAGCACUCACCUCCCGUUGUUGCUUCCAGCAGAGUAUUGGCUUUUUUAUAUUUUAAGCCUGAGCCUUAUCACGUAUUAAAACAUAAGAGAUUCCUGAUUCAAAUAUCAAACGUCUUAGUGUAGAUUAAUAGAGUUGCCAGAAAAGUUCCUGCAGCAAAAAAGGGAAGCUAUGGCUGCGACAGUCUGCUUCCUGCACAAAGCCAGGACUGUGUGGGGAAACUUGGCACUCGCUGUCGAUCUGUUUGCUCAGCAGCUGAGCUGGCAUUCACCAGCUACAUGUGUUGGUUUUGUAAAUAGACAGAAUGCAGGAGCGGUUUCUUAAGGCAUGUUUGAUAUUUGACUCUUCCCGUUGGGUUCAGGAGCUCUGUGAACUGUUAGCUUGAAUUUCUCCCAGAAGUAAAAUAACAGAAGUUUACAGUUUUAAAGUAUCGAGUGCUAAAUACCAUCAUUAGAUUGCUCCUGGGCAAUCACAUAGAGCAAAAAAAAAAAAAACAACCAACCAACCCCCAAAACAAGUAAAUAACAUGUGGUGAAUGUGGCCCCAGAAAAUCUAACUGGUUCCAAGUCCCAGCUGCUACACUGUCAGUGUGGCUGGGGGUGGUGGUGAUCGGGGGGAACGUUGCAUUUCAACUCUUACGUGCGAGAAUUUCAUAGAGGCAAGGUUUUCUUCCAUUUCUCAUGGCCAAAUACUUGAAAUUGUACUUAAAAAUUCAAAAAAUUCACCUUUUAUAUUAGAGAUCUGCGAUUUCUAGCAGAAUUAAGGCUGCAAACCCAGCUCUUCCAGUGAUGCCCCGUUAGCCGAAGGAAACGUGCAGUCCAUUUAACUCAACGUAGCUUAUUUAGCUAUUCCAUUUGUUUGCAUGGGGAGCCUGAAGAGACGAGACACCACAGUUAUGUGAGCUAACAGGCACAUAGUCUGGUGUCUGAACGUCCUCUAGCUUUGCACCACUGUUUUGCUUUAAAACUACAGGCCUCAUGUUGUGUCACGACUGCUAACAGGUAAUGUACCAUUACUUAUCACUUGUACUUUAUCAAACACAAGCAGACACGCAGUUCCUGCAGCUAAUGCUAUGAAGUAUCAAUGAAUCUCGGUAUGCUACUGAGAAAGAGGAGUUUUCUUAACAAGGCUAUUUUAUUGUCGAUUGGUUGGAAGGUCCAGUCACCCUCUGGAAGGUUUUUUUUGUUUUUUUUUUUUUGGUGUAUAUUUAAAGAGAUUGAUAGAUGAAACUUCAGUGUUAAUCUGAUGAUGCUGGGAUGCUGGCAGGUCUGCCAACCACAUAAAAGCUUUGAGAGCUGAAAAGAAUGAAGAAAUAUGGCUACAUGCUGUGCUGCAGUCAUUUGGAAAAAAAAACAGGUCCCCUAAAAUUUAUAUAUAUAUAUAUAUAAUUUUUCCUAAGAAAGUUCUGACCUGUUGACUGACUUCCAGCCUGUACUCGCUGACUUGUAUCCUUGUGCUGCAUGCGCAUGUAGUGUUGAUGAGAGAUGGAUGCUUUUUAACUGUUUAAAAAAAAAAAAAAAAAAAAAAAAAAAAACUAAAAGGAGAGAUUGUACACCAUAAAAGAUCUUACAGAAAUCUGAGCAUUUAUAAAAAAAAAAACUAAAAAACCACCAUCUCUCAAAGUGAUUCAUCUUUAGGGAACGGCGGAUAAUAGGCUAGUUGGAAAGCGCUCCAAUCUAAACUGCAGUUCCAAGUAUAGCUUGUCAGAGACAGCCAGCUGUAUGAAAGGUGUGCUUUGGACAACCCAUUGGCCACAAGCUGGCAAGAAAACGUGCUGCACCAAAUGAGGAGAUCAGGUGAAAGGUCCGGUUCCAUUUGGGUCUCCCCACACGCUGUUUUCAGCCCACGCACCCAAUUUUUGCUCGUUUCUCAAAGCGAAGCCGCACUGUUCAUAUCUGCCCCAAACAGCACUGGAUGUGUCUUCCACAUUGUGAACGUGUUCUGGUACAACCCAAGUCUCCCACAGGCGAAGCACGGGGUGUUUGUUAGUUAGAAAGCAGCAGUACAAUUACGUAGCUAUUAGACGUGUUGAUGUCACAGCUAGACAAUCGUAGCUUGUAUACCAAAAAACAGAACUCCACGCGGAUGGCCUUUCAGUGAUGCAGUGUGUUGGGUCCAAGUGUUAGCACCGUAGAAGUAACGAGCCGUGCCAUCUGCUGGGACGAGGAGCGGGCACUGCUCCGUGCACCGUGUCACAGCAGGGAGCCACGGGCUUCUCCUGCAACGUGCACCUCCUUUGUACUGUUGGGCUUGAGCACUUUGCUUCCCAAACACACGCACGCCCCUUCCUAUAACCGGAGAAACCUAUUUUUGAAGUACGUAAGAGUAUUUUUUUAGCUAGGUUUUUUUUGUUAAAGCCACACUAACUACUGUAUUUUUACCUUUUUAUAUGUAAAGCUGGGCAGUAGCUCUCGAUGUAUAAUUUAUUUGGUUUUUUUUUAUAAAACAAAGUGCACCCUCUUGCUUCUGUUUCACGAUAGUGAUGUAUGAACGGCUUUGGGCACUGCACUGCGGUCGUUAUUGAAACUGUACACGGGAACGAGAAACUGUGAUUCGUAGCCCACAGCCCGAUCUCGAGAUGUUUAUACUGUAGCUGUACCUGAAAUACACCACGUCCGUGCGAA